UGUACCUAUAUACUAUAUAGAAAUAUAGAAACAAGUGAUUCGAAUCGCAGUCAAAUCAGCAAUAGGUAGGUAUUUGUAUAUAAAAAGUCGGCGAAUGUCGCUUUAUUGUUCAAUUAUCGCGAGUGACUGCACAAGAGUGAUUCUGGUAACUAUAAGUACAACCUAUCCAGUAGCAAAGUAUCCAUUUUACAAAUAUCCUCCCUCGUAUUACCACUUACCAGUGACUGUGAGCAGUUCGCGAGUGUUCGCGCCCGACACCGACAUUUUUUUUUACAAUAUUACGUGCCCGAAAGUUAACAUCUCCACCACUCUUACCUCACAUCUGGUCGCAUCUUUUACAGUAAAACAAAAUGAAGUUCUAUCAGGUAUUCGGCACGACGAUACUUUUUACGAUGGUCGUAUUGAUCAGCGAAAUAUUCGCCUCGCCAGCACCGGUCUUCGUUAAUUAUGACAAUGAAAAAAAUUAUGACAAUGAAAAAGAAGGAACGUCCGACGUUUAUACGCCACCUCAAUACAAAUACGAUUACGCGGUACACGAUCCAGAAACGCACGACAUCAAAAGCCAAUGGGAGCAUCGCGACGGUGAUCUCGUCAAGGGAGCUUACUCGUUAUUGGAACCAGACGGUAGCAUGCGAUUGGUCGAGUACACUUCCGAUAAAGACGGAGGAUUCAACGCCGUCGUUUCGAGACAAGAAAACGCCGACGGUGGCGCUAGCGCUAGCUCCAGAUCUAGUCCUAGUUAUUCGUCAAAUUUCAACGAAUACGGUUUUUAAUCGACACUGCCAAGUGCCAAAUUGAGACCGCAUCUCGCCGUAUAUUAAUUAUAGGUAUUGCAGACGUCAGUCUGCAGUUCAGUUCCUACCUAGCUGAGGUAAGUAGAUCUUGGACCAUAGACUACAAAACGAACGUACCGUCGUCAUUUGAAAACGCUCUCGCAAGGUUCAUUUUUCAAUUUUUCUCAAAUUCGCAUAUCUACUACUUAUACGCAGCCCAGCGAACGUAUACUUAUUAGUAUUUGCCUAGAUAAACAGGUGCUAAGUAGAUAGGUAGGUAAAGGUAUAAAUAAUAUUCGUACGUAUUUGUAUGUAAACCGCAUGUAUUUGCCAAACAAAAGUAAUUACCUAUUCCAAACGUAAGCUUACCAACCUGACUACUGUACAUAGAUGUACCUGUACCUAUACUAACUAAGUUGUUACGAAAUAUACGUUUUAUAAUGUUGUACA